AAGGUCCCCGGGCGCUCAGGGAGUCGAUCCAGCAACAUUUCCAAGGCCAGCAACUCCACAACAGGACUGACUGCAGCCUCGAGAACGUCCAUCACCCCGUCUGCUCAGGACAUAUGCAGUGCGAGCCAGCUGACCCGUUUAGAGGAGGAGGUUUCUGAAUCACACAAAAGCAUCAAGCACACACACGCCUCUGGGAUGACCGUCGCCAGCACCGCUCUGGGCUCGUCCGCUCAGGCGCAGAAGAAGCAGGUGAAGCGGCGCCACCGGCGCAAGAGGAACAGCUGCACCGCCAGCGACUGCGUGGAAACCAACGGCCAACGGGAGCAGAGAGACCGCAGCCUCAGCUCGGACCGCAGCGAGCACGGGGAGAAGAGGGAGAAGAGGGAGGAGAGAGAGGAGAGGGAGCGGCCCUCCAAGACCCGGAGGGAGCUCCCCGCUCGCCUCCGCUGCUCGGGGGCCCCGCAGUCAGACUCGACCUCCGACGACGAGGCGUCGCGCGAGGCCCGCAGCUGGAGCAAAGAGAAAGCACGAAGGGGUCGCCGCAGCGGAAGCAGCCGAGAAAGGGACGGAGCGAACGGGAGCAAAGGAGGAGAAGACCAAGCAGAGGUCAUGGAGCUGCUGUCGGUGGGCUCGGAUGAAGGCAAGGAGAACCUCCCUCUGGUGGAGGACAGCGGGGGCCUUAAGAAGCGCCUCAGGGCCUCGUUUAAGAGAGACGGCCACGUCUCACAGAGGGAAGGCUCACACAGCAGAGGAAAGGAGAAGGGUCACAGGUCUGGAGACAGCUCCUCUUUGGCAGAGGAUGCCGAGGAGCUCAUCACCAAGAGCUACCAGGAAAAGGGGUCAGGGAGUGGGGACAUGUCAGUGCCCACGCCACAGAAACACUGCGGGAUGAAUGGAGGCACCCUACGGCAGUACUCUGAUGACUCUGAGAUGGAGGUCUGCAGGAUCUGCCACUGUGAGGGGGACGACGAGUGCCCGCUGAUAAUGCCGUGUCGCUGCACUGGGAGCCUGAUUUUUGUCCACCAGACUUGUCUCAACCAGUGGAUCAAGUCCUCAGACACUCGCUGCUGUGAACUCUGCAAGUUUGACUUUAUUAUGGAGACAAAGCUCAAACCUUUACACAUGUGGGAGAGGCUAAACAUGUCGAAGGGCGAGAGGAGGAAGAUCUUCUGUUCAGUGUUGUUUCACCUGAUAGCAAUAGUGUGUAUGUUGUGGUCGAUCUACGUUCUGUUCCAGAGAACCGCGGAAGAGAUCAGACUCGGGAAGAGCGGUGUGCUCGAGUGGCCCUUCUGGACCAAGCUGAUUGUGGUGGCCAUAGGCUCCACGGGCGGCCUCAUCUUCAUGUACAUCCAGUGUAAAGUCUACCUGCAGCUGUGGCGCCGCCUCAAGGCCUUCAACCGCAUCAUCACUGUGCAGAACUGCCCCGAGAAAGACCUGCACCACCCCCAGGCCCGGACCGGCACCCUGACCAACGGCCGGCACGAAACGGUGGAGGUUCCGGCCAGUCCGCCUCCUGUCCCGGAUGCAGAGGCGCAGACGGACUCGGACAUGUCGGUGGAGGGCGCGGUGGCGCCGGCACAAAACCCCGUCUGAGUGGUUCUCCUCCCACCCGGGAAAGAAUUGUGAAUCGCUCCCUGUUGGCCCAACGACACAAGCUAGACUCGUACAAUAUGUUAGUGAUGUUCAUCUCGGCUCCUGUGGUUACUGCACCUUGAGAGACAAGAGAUGGAUUUAAUGCCCUUCAGUGAUCACGGAAAGCUGGAAGACAGGAGGGCUGCAGUGACGGGAAUGUGCAAAGUACUGAAGAAUGUGGCAGCGUCGAGAAAAGAGGAGGCGGAGGGCUGUUAAGUAGAACACAAAAAAAGCCAUCAGCAAGAGAAGUUUGUAAAGACUGUAGUUAUGUGAUAUAUUUACUUUUAUUCCUAUAUGCACUUUCUCCAACAGCACUAACACGAGAAAAAGUUGUGAACACCCUGAAGAUGCUUUUCAAGGUCUCAGAAUGCUUCAAACCACGGAUGUAGACAAUCAACCAUUUAACUGUUAUGAUUUCGAUUUUUUUUUUUUUAUUGAAUAAUGCUGUCAGUUAAACAGUUAAAAUAAAUAUUGAAAAUGCUUGGUAACUCGAGAGCAGCGGCUUGUCACAAAGGCUGUUCACACCUCGCACGCCAGGCUAAAGGUGCAUUAAGGGUUAUUGCACUAAAACGUACGCAUGCGGUUCUGUUUUUACCACAUUUGGUGUCUGAUGGUUAAAGAUAAAAUUGCUGGAACUACCCGGGUAUUUUAGUUACUUUUAGAUAUCAAAUUUGCACUUACUCAAGGCCCUCAAACGUAAAAAAACAAACAUCUUAAGAUACUUUAAAAAAAAUGUUUUAACCGUUUUCCCAAACUGCGACACACAUCUUAAACCUGGACUGUUUCUCACUUCGGACGUCAUUUAGUGCACUCUGAUCUUACCUACACAGUAACUGAAUUCAGACAGAGUCCUGUAAUCUAAAAUCAAUUCUAAGAUCAAUCUUUGAUCGCUUCUUUGUUUUAAUAGUAAAUCAUAACCGGGCGAAGCAUUACCGCCAACAGUGGACCGCUAAAUUAUCUGCCGCCUUGUUUGCUCACUUAACAUUUGAAAUGAAACGAAUUAACAAUAAUAUGAUUUUUCAGGCCUUCAGACACCAAAGAGUCAACACACGAUUAGGAGAAAGAAUUAUUUAGCUCGGUCUAAAAUCUGAAAAUGUGAUGUUUGUGGAGAAAAAAAAAACAAAGAAGAGAAAAGAAAUGUAUUUAUUAUCGUAAGAGUUUUUAAUAUUUCUUCAAAUAGCUAAUCUUAAAAGUAUAUUUUUGACGUUGUUUGGACAGUUUGCAGUUUUAUGAGGUUGUGUUAAUCAUACAUUAAUGUAACUUUGUUCAUGGUUGUCAUCCGUUCAUGUCUUUACAUCAGACUUGACCCAAUGUGUGUGUGACUGACCGGUUUGCCUCUAAUAAGGCGACUGUUUACACGUAUUCACUUUUCUACAGGUUUAAUUUGGUUUUUUAUCCAUGUCAUUUCACACAGAUUCUCUCUGUGUCUUGUAGCCACAACGUCUAUCAAAACCUUUUUUUUUUCUAUCCCCGAUUGGAUAAAAUUGAGUAUUUAGGUUACAUGCAGUUUGUUUGUGCAAUAAACAAUGAAUGUAGAACCCUU